CAGUGUCCCUUCUGGUUAUUCUGUGAUAAUAAUAUAAGGGCUAUGGGCGUAAUAUAUAAUUUUGUUAAAAAAAAAAUUUGAUAUAAGUGAUAAGAAUUAAUGAUAUCAAGUGUGAUAGUGUUGAGGUGGUGGUACUGCGGACAAGACGAUUUGUAUUUACUAUUUUGUAAUGUAGUUCGGUGCAAGUCGCAAGGUACAUUUAUAUUUUAUUUUAAACGGUUCAUAUACUAUUAUUCUGCCGACGAUUGUUCAAAAGUCACAAUACCACUUUACUGUGGUUAUUUAUUAUUUAUUAUAAAUUAAUAACUACCUACUAAAGAGCGAAACGUGAUGAAAGUCGUUACGUAGGUGGUACUCUCAGUGACAAAUUCAAUAUCGUCUUGUUUUUUCCGUGAUAAAGCCCAUUAACGUGGAUCGUAAUAGUGGGACUAUAAACUAGAGUGUGAAAAUUCUCUACAAUUACAGAAUUGGUGAUGGACGAUGUUGGUUUUCGACUAAACCCCAAAGGUGAUCUGACAACAAUUUUGGAUAAUGCUGAAAUGACCAUCGAAACCAUACGAAAAGAGGCAUUAAAAAUGGCCGAGGAUCUCGAAAACGUUAAUAACAGUGUAGAGUGUGUGAGGAAUUCCAAACUGCUGGACGACCUGAGUGACGUUGACAAAGAAGACAUUUAUCAAUUUGCUAAUCGUAUCAUAGACAGAUGUGAAACAGUUAACAUCAGCGUGCUCACCACCAGAAGUGAUAGCCAACAAAAUUGUUUGGAAGAAAUCAACAAAAUGAUUGACAGAAUAGUGAAUUCAUUGAGGGAGGAUCCUGAUAAUGCCAAAUCCAUGUGUCAGGCAUACAUAGCUUCAUGUAGUUCAUCAGGAAAUGAACUUGGCUGUAAGGUAUUUGAAACUGCCGUCUUAGGGUGUACGCUCGACGAUCAGAAAUGUAUUAUUAAACGAUUACAAGGGCUGUUGAAUUACAUUAUAGAAUCUAAAGGCAAAUAACUUAACGAGUCUAUCGUCUACAAUAAUUCCAUUUGUUUUAACUAUUAUUAAUCGUUUUACUAAUGUAAUCUUAAUGUUAAUUGAAUUCCUGACCAACAUAUAGUGAUAUCAAUUGUUUUUCAAUAUUGUUAUUUUGUUUCAUAUUUUAUUAAUUACACAUCAAAAAUUUUUAUAUUGGAAAAGUUAUUGUUUAAACUAUUAUGGUAUGACACAAGAGUUCUUAAAGAUAUUUUUUUUCUUUUGCCUUAUUUUUCCAGACCUCAAUUUUAUUGUGGUUGAAGAAUUUCUAUUGUGGUAUGGAACUGCACCAAAUGAACCUUGAAAUAAAAAAAAAUCAUAAAUUCAAAUUAGUUAAUUUGUAAUUAUAUUAAUAGGAUACUAAACCUGCAUGUGUUGUCACAGUCUUAUAAGUGUAAAACAUGGCAAAAACUGUUUUGUACGGGAUAGUAUACCUACAUGAUAAUUCAUGCUGUUAUGAUAGUUCAGACUCCAAAUUGAUGUACAAUAUAGUUGAGAACAUUAUCUGUGAAAUAACGAUUUAUUUUUUUGAUCUCACUUUACAAAAAAAGUUUUUAUUGUUUCAUAAUCCAUUAUUUUUAUGUUUUACAAACUUGAAUAACUUUUUUUGUAAUUCCGAUAUUAAAAAAAUAAAAAUGAUAUUUAACAGCCAAAGUUUUCCUUUUUAUGUAGUGAAAAUGUUGUUUCUUAAUUAUAACUGUAGCUUUCUUGGUUCUUUCCAGCACAAAACAGUUUUUAUUAUGUUUAACAUAUUUUGUAAAACAGAGACAACUCAUGUUGGUGUAGUAUCCUUUUGAAUAUAUAUAUAAAAAUUAUGCAGUUUAUGUUUAAUAAUUAAAACUAAUUUAAAGUAUCUUUCAGAUACAGUAAAGCGUCGAUUAUACGCAUCACAAAAUGUUUGUAUAAAUUUAUUUUUAGUUAAUUUAAUUUAGUUCUAUCAUUCGUUAUAUCUGUUUUAUCUUGCAUAUAUUAUGAAAAUAUGUGAGAUUAUUUUAUUUUCUACUACGGCUCACUAAUAUAUCAUAUUAUAGGUACAUUAUACAUCCAGUAAAUUAGUAUUUAACUUAAUUUUAAAUGUUUAUUUGUUUAUCCGCACCACCCUUGUUCCCAAUUAGUGUGGAUAAUUGACGCUCUAUUGUAAUAACAUACAUUUAUCAUCCAAGUAACAAAAAAAAAUAUUUAUAAAUGUGUACUAAUUACUUAAAUGUAAGUGAAUACUGUUGUUUAAUGUAAUGAUAGUUAUAAAAUUAAUAUUUUUUUUUUUCAAAUAUGAAAAUAUAUUAACAAAACACUGGGAAAA